UGGAGUAUUUGCGUUCGGGGCUGGGGCUGGAGGAGGCAGCCACACGCGCGCACACGCACACGCUCAGAGGAGGGCGAGAGGCAGCGGUACAGGCACCAUCUGCAGUGUCAAUGCGGCGCUGGGGCUGAAGGAGGGACACCGCGCUUCCAGGGGAGACAGCCCUGCUGAGUCCUGGACCUCCAAAAGAACAGUUUUACAGGAGUGCUGCUGUGUCAAGAGGACCUGUCUCUGAUAUGAAAGCCAUGCCCUGGAACUGGACUUGCCUGCUCUCCCACCUGCUGGUGGUAGGGAUGGGUUCCUCCACCCUGCUUUCACGGCAGCCACCCCAGCUGUCUCAGAAGCGUUCAUUUGUCACAUUCCGAGGGGAGCCCACCGAGGGCUUCAAUCACCUCGUGGUAGAUGAAAGGACAGGGCACAUUUAUUUGGGGGCUGUCAAUAGGAUCUACAAACUCUCUAGUGACCUCAAGGUCUUGGUGACUCAUCAGACAGGGCCAGAUGAGGACAACCCCAAGUGUUACCCACCUCGUAUUGUUCAGACCUGCAAUGAGCCGCUGGCCAGCACCAAUAAUGUCAACAAGAUGCUGCUUAUAGACUACAAAGAAAACAGGCUGAUUGCAUGCGGGAGCCUGUACCAGGGUAUCUGCAAGCUCCUGAGGCUAGAGGACCUCUUCAAGCUGGGGGAGCCCUUUCAUAAGAAGGAACAUUACCUCUCUGGGGUUAAUGAGAGUGGCUCUGUCUUUGGGGUGAUCGUCUCCUACAACAACUUGGAUGAUAAACUCUUUAUUGCCACCGCAGUGGAUGGCAAGCCUGAAUAUUUUCCUACCAUCUCCAGCCGGAAGCUGACUAAGAACUCUGAGGCAGACGGCAUGUUUGCUUAUGUUUUCCAUGAUGAAUUUGUGGCCUCUAUGAUUAAGAUCCCUUCAGACACCUUCACAGUCAUCCCUGACUUUGACAUCUAUUAUGUCUAUGGUUUCAGCAGUGGCAACUUUGUCUACUUUUUGACACUUCAGCCAGAGAUGGUGUCUCCCCCAGGCUCCACAACGAAGGAGCAGGUGUACACAUCGAAGCUUGUGAGGCUUUGCAAAGAGGACACAGCCUUCAACUCCUAUGUGGAGGUGCCUAUUGGCUGUGAGCGAAAUGGGGUGGAGUAUCGCUUGUUACAGGCUGCCUACUUGUCCAAAGCUGGUGCUGUGCUUGGCCGGACCCUGGGAGUCCGUCCAGAUGAUGACCUCCUCUUCACCGUCUUCUCCAAGGGCCAAAAGCGGAAGAUGAAAUCUCUGGAUGAGUCUGCCCUGUGCAUCUUCAUCUUGAAGCAGAUCAAUGACCGCAUUAAGGAGCGCCUGCAGUCCUGUUACAGGGGCGAGGGAACACUAGACCUGGCCUGGCUCAAGGUGAAGGACAUCCCUUGCAGCAGUGCGCUCCUAACCAUCGAUGACAACUUCUGUGGCCUGGAUAUGAAUGCCCCUCUGGGCGUGUCUGAAAUGGUACGUGGCAUUCCGGUCUUCACAGAAGACAGGGACCGCAUGACUUCUGUCAUCGCAUACGUCUACAAGAAUCACUCUCUGGCCUUCGUGGGCACCAAAAGUGGCAAGCUAAAGAAGAUCCGGGUCGAUGGGCCCAAGGGCAAUGCCCUCCAGUAUGAGACUGUGCAGGUGGUGGACCCAGGGCCAGUUCUCCGGGACAUGGCCUUUUCUAAGGACCACGAGCAACUCUACAUCAUGUCAGAAAGGCAGCUUACCAGAGUUCCUGUGGAGUCCUGUGGGCAGUAUCGGAGCUGUGGCGAGUGUCUUGGCUCAGGCGACCCCCAUUGUGGCUGGUGUGUUCUCCACAACACGUGCACCCGGAAGGAACGGUGUGAGCGCUCCAGGGAACCCCGAAGGUUUGCCUCAGAGAUGAAGCAGUGUGUUCGGCUGACAGUCCAUCCCAACAACAUCUCUGUCUCUCAAUACAAUGUGCUGCUGGUCCUAGAGACAUACAAUGUCCCGGAGCUGUCAGCAGGUGUCAACUGUACCUUUGAGGAUCUGUCAGAGAUGGAUGGGCUGGUAAUAGGCAAUCAGAUCCAAUGCUACUCCCCUGCAGCCAAGGAGGUGCCCCGGAUCAUCACAGAAAAUGGGGACCAUCAUGUUGUCCAGCUGCAACUCAAGUCAAAGGAGACUGGGAUGACCUUCGCCAGCACCAGCUUUGUCUUCUACAACUGCAGUGUCCACAAUUCAUGUCUAUCUUGUGUGGAGAGCCCAUACCGCUGCCACUGGUGUAAAUACCGGCAUGUUUGCACCCACGAUCCCAACACAUGCUCCUUCCAGGAAGGCCGAGUGAAGCUGCCCGAGGACUGCCCCCAGCUGCUGCGAGUGGACAAGAUCCUGGUACCAGUAGAGGUGAUCAAGCCCAUCACUCUGAAGGCUAAGAACCUCCCACAGCCUCAGUCGGGACAGCGAGGCUACGAGUGCAUCCUGAACAUCCAGGGCAGCGAGCAGAGGGUACCCGCCCUGCGUUUCAACAGCUCCAGUGUGCAGUGUCAGAACACUUCUUAUUCCUAUGAAGGAAUGGAGAUCAACAACCUGCCGGUGGAGUUGACAGUCGUGUGGAAUGGACACUUCAACAUUGACAACCCAGCCCAGAAUAAAGUUUACCUCUACAAGUGUGGGGCCAUGCGUGAGAGCUGUGGCCUGUGCCUCAAGGCUGACCCCGAUUUUGAGUGUGGCUGGUGUCAGAGCCCAAGCCAGUGCACCCUGCGCCAGCACUGCCCUGCUCAUGAGAGCCGGUGGCUGGAACUGUCGGGAGCCAACAGCAAGUGCACCAACCCUCGGAUCACAGAGAUCAUCCCAGUGACGGGCCCUCGGGAAGGGGGCACCAAGGUCACCAUCCGAGGGGAGAACCUGGGCCUGGAAUUCCGGGACAUCGCUUCACAUGUCAAGGUGGCUGGUGUGGAAUGCAGCCCCUUAGUGGACGGCUACAUCCCUGCAGAACAGAUCGUGUGUGAGAUGGGAGAGGCCAAACCCAGCCAGCACGCAGGCUUUGUGGAGAUCUGUGUGGCUGUGUGUCGGCCUGAGUUCAUGGCUCGAUCCUCUCAGCUGUAUUACUUCAUGACCCUGACUCUCGCAGAUCUGAAGCCUAGCCGUGGACCCAUGUCUGGAGGUACACAGGUUACCAUCACAGGCACUAACUUGAAUGCAGGCAGCAAUGUGGUGGUGAUGUUUGGGAGCCAGCCCUGCCUCUUCCACAGGCGCUCUCCAUCCUACAUUAUCUGUAACACUACAUCCUCAGAUGAAGUGUUGGACAUGAAGGUGACCGUGCAGGUGGACAGGGCCAGGAUCCGCCAGGACCUGGUCUUUCAGUAUGUGGAGGACCCCACCAUCGUGCGUAUUGAGCCAGAAUGGAGCAUUGUCAGUGGGAACACACCUAUCGCUGUCUGGGGAACUCACCUGGACCUCAUACAGAACCCCCAGAUCCGUGCCAAGCAUGGAGGGAAAGAGCACAUCAAUAUCUGUGAGGUCCUGAAUGCUACUGAGAUGACCUGCCAGGCCCCAGCUCUUGCCCUGGAUCCUGACCACCAGUCAGAUCUCACCGAAAGACCUGAAGAAUUUGGUUUCAUCCUAGACAAUGUCCAAUCUCUGCUAAUUCUCAACAAGACCAACUUCACCUAUUACCCUAACCCUGUGUUUGAAGCUUUCAGUCCCUCAGGAAUCCUGGAACUCAAGCCCGGUACUCCCAUUAUCCUAAAGGGCAAGAACCUGAUCCCACCUGUGGCUGGAGGCAAUGUGAAGCUGAACUACACUGUGCUUGUUGGGGAGAAACCAUGUACAGUGACAGUGUCAGAUGUGCAGCUGCUCUGUGAGUCACCUAACCUCAUCGGCAGGCACAAAGUGAUGGCACGGGUGGGGGGCAUGGAGUAUUCCCCUGGGAUGGUGUACAUUGCCCCAGACAGCCCACUCAGCCUCCCUGCCAUCGUCAGCAUUGCAGUGGCUGGUGGCCUCCUCAUUAUCUUCAUUGUGGCAGUCCUCAUCGCCUACAAACGCAAGUCUCGAGAAAGUGACCUCACGCUAAAGCGGCUACAGAUGCAGAUGGACAACCUUGAGUCCCGUGUGGCCCUGGAAUGCAAGGAAGCUUUUGCAGAGCUUCAGACAGAUAUCCAUGAGCUGACCAGUGACCUAGAUGGAGCUGGGAUUCCCUUCCUGGACUACAGGACCUACACCAUGCGGGUGCUGUUCCCCGGGAUUGAAGACCACCCUGUGCUACGGGACCUUGAGGUCCCAGGCUACCGGCAAGAGCGUGUGGAGAAAGGACUGAAGCUCUUUGCCCAGCUCAUCAACAACAAGGUCUUUCUACUAUCUUUUAUCCGCACUCUUGAGUCUCAGCGCAGUUUUUCCAUGCGUGACAGAGGUAAUGUGGCCUCGCUCAUAAUGACAGUACUUCAGAGCAAGCUAGAGUAUGCCACUGACGUGCUGAAGCAGCUACUAGCUGACCUCAUUGAUAAGAACCUGGAGAGCAAGAACCACCCCAAGCUGCUGCUCAGGAGGACGGAGUCAGUGGCCGAGAAGAUGUUGACUAAUUGGUUCACUUUCCUCCUCUACAAAUUUCUCAAGGAGUGUGCUGGGGAGCCCCUCUUCUCCCUGUUCUGUGCCAUCAAGCAGCAGAUGGAGAAGGGCCCCAUCGAUGCCAUCACGGGAGAGGCCCGCUACUCCCUGAGUGAGGACAAGCUCAUUCGGCAGCAGAUCGAAUACAAGACCCUGGUUCUGAGCUGUGUCAGUCCAGAUAAUGCUAAUAGCCCAGAGAUCCCAGUGAAGAUCCUCAACUGUGACACCAUCACUCAGGUCAAGGAGAAGAUCCUAGAUGCCAUCUUCAAGAAUGUUCCAUGCUCACAUCGGCCCAAAGCUGCAGACAUGGACCUGGAGUGGAGACAAGGAAGCGGGGCGAGGAUGAUCCUGCAGGAUGAAGAUAUCACCACCAAGAUCGAGAAUGACUGGAAGAGACUCAACACAGUAGCCCACUACCAGGUUCCGGAUGGUUCUGUGGUGGCUUUAGUAUCCAAGCAAGUGACAGCCUAUAAUGCAGUGAACAACUCCACAGUCUCCAGGACUUCAGCAAGUAAAUAUGAGAACAUGAUCCGGUACACAGGCAGCCCAGACAGCCUCCGUUCCCGAACACCCAUGAUCACCCCUGACCUGGAAAGUGGGGUCAAGCUUUGGCAUCUGGUGAAGAAUCAUGAGCAUGGAGACCAGAAGGAAGGGGAUCGGGGGAGCAAAAUGGUGUCUGAGAUCUAUCUGACACGACUACUGGCCACAAAGGGCACACUGCAGAAGUUUGUGGAUGACCUGUUCGAGACCAUCUUCAGUACAGCCCACCGUGGCUCUGCCUUGCCCCUAGCCAUCAAGUACAUGUUCGACUUCCUUGAUGAGCAGGCUGAUAAGCAUGGCAUCCACGACCCACAUGUCCGCCAUACCUGGAAGAGCAACUGCCUGCCCCUGCGGUUUUGGGUGAACAUGAUCAAGAACCCUCAAUUUGUGUUUGACAUCCAUAAGAACAGCAUCACGGAUGCCUGUCUCUCUGUGGUGGCCCAGACCUUCAUGGAUUCUUGUUCCACAUCAGAGCACCGGCUGGGCAAGGACUCUCCCUCCAACAAGCUGCUGUAUGCCAAGGACAUUCCCAGCUACAAGAACUGGGUGGAGAGGUAUUACUCAGACAUUGGGAAGAUGCCAGCGAUAAGUGACCAGGACAUGAAUGCAUAUCUGGCUGAGCAGUCACGGAUGCACAUGAAUGAGUUCAACACGAUGAGUGCGCUCUCAGAGAUAUUCUCCUAUGUGGGCAAAUACAGUGAGGAGAUCCUUGGACCCCUGGACCAUGAUGACCAGUGUGGAAAGCAGAAACUGGCUUACAAACUAGAACAAGUCAUAACCCUCAUGAGCUUAGACAGCUGAGAACUGUCCUUCCAGGGCCAUCCUGGAGGGAGGGACACACCAAGCCGUGCCUCAGUCUAGAUUAUCAUCUUUACCAAGUGCAAGUUCCGACAGGCAUCAGCAGCAACCCCCGAGCAGCGCAGUCUCUCCUUUCGUUUUUCUGCCUCUUCUGUCUCUCCCUCCUUCCAGAGUCUCAUCUCUUUCAGUUGCUCUGCCAGUGUGAUUGGACCACAUCUCUGACCCUCGGUCAGUCAAAGAAUGGCCAGGCCCAUGGUGAGGGACCUGACCAGAUGAUCUCAGAGUGACACUCUUCCUCCCAGCUGCUCCUGGCCCCAUGCAUCAGCAGCAGGGCUCAAAUAAGGAUGAGGAGCUGAGAACAGAGAACACUACUAUGCUGCUAAUUCACCUUCUGCUUUGAGAAUCCCUACUGUGGUCCAAAACCUGGCUUUGAGAAGCAACUGUGAGCUCAGUAUUAUCUGAAGUAGGAGACAUCACUUGGAUAUCCCUUUCCACACACUCAACAACAAGGGAGUAGGCAGUGGGCCUGGGUGCUUUGUAACUGAGAUAAAGGCCUUGCCUCCUAUAGAUGUUAGAGUGGGGACCAGUAGAAGUUUGAAGAUGCUCUCCCAGGGGCUGCUGCCUACCUGUUUGUUGUCCAGUAGCCUUCUGUCCCCUUCUAAUAUCCUGGGAGACCUUCCAAGUGUCCAUACAGACCUUCCUUCCCUUCCUGUGAAAAGUCAAACGGGAAAGCUAACAGUUACAUUCUACCAUAGAGAUGCUCCUACAUCAUCUAAUCUGGUUCCCAGUAGCAGAAAUGUAACAUGGAGAGAGAGAGAGAGAGAGAGAGAGAGAGAGAGAGAGAGAGAGA